AGAGUGAAUUUCCAGAACUGCAAAUUCAUUGACCACCUGGUCCAUAGGUCCUGCUUUCAAGACAGACUACUGCAGUUGUAACUAUCCUAGACUUGCAUAGCAGGCUUUGGAAGAAAAGUUAAGUAGCAGAUAAAGCUAUUUUAAGAAGAUUAUUGAAAGCAACCUCACAAAAUACAGAUGUCUGGACAAUUUGGCAAUGAAACAACAGCCUGGGUUUUGUUAGCAAACUUACAUUGAAAUUUGCUUUAAAAACAAGCCCUACCUGUGAGAUAAUUUAUAGAAAUUCAAGUUUGGCAGCUGUAUUUUAGAAAUCAACAAAAGACAAAAAUCUCAGACCACAGGAAUGCCCAUAUUGGACUGCAACUGUUGAAGAAUCUGAGAGCUAGUCACUGAAGUUUAUAGCACCAUUGACAGAUGAGACCUGGUGUUGCACUGUAUUAUUUUUUAAAAUUGGGCGCUUUUAUGCUGGAAUUGUAAUUUCACUGUUGGGGGAGGAUUAGUAUAUGACUAGUAUAACUUAGUCGUAGAAGGCAGACUUUAAAUCAGUCUGAUUUUAGAUUUUCAUGAACAAAUUAGUCCCUUGCCAAAACUGUAGAACAUAAAAACCAUUCAUGUGCACUUUUUUAUUGGGCUUUUAUUUAUAGCUCAGUAUAACAAUUUUUGUUUUUAUCUUGAACAAUUUGUUCUUCUGUGAACAGGCAUGUUUACUACUUGUAGCUUAGAGUUUCGAUGCCUUCUGUAAGGGUGAGAAGGAAAUAUAUGUCAGCACAGAAAACAACCGAAGAGAACCUCUUAAUCCGCAACUGCCUAACCCUCCCCCAUUAUUAUGCUAAAACUUUUUUUUCACCUUUGAAGACUGAUGCUUUCGUGUUACUUCGACUUUCCAUGUCUGCAUAGUAGUCUAAUUUCUUAGAACUGAUUAACUCAGUGUGGCUUUAACCAAUACUUUUUACAUUAAUGGGGAAAAAAAAGCUCGCAGCUGUGCUGUUACACGUUCUGACUUAAAACUCUGUGCUUUGGCCGUGAGGUGUGUAGAGGUGAACUUGGCUGAGGGGGGAAGCCCUACUGAGUGACAGAUGGUAGGAGAAGGGGCUGUUCUUGACAGGCGCUCCUGGUUUGCUGUCACCCCUGCGGCGGAUGGGAGGAAAUGCCUGGCCACAAGCGUCGGGGUGCAUCAGAGGCUUUCUCCUUGGCAGAGUGUGAGAGUGGUCUAUUGCAGUACAGUAGUGCCCUCUGAUGAAGUGACAGUGGUUUACCAAAACGGGUUACCUGUAAUUUCUGUGAAUCUUCCAUCCCGGCGUGAACGCUGCCAGUUCACGCUCAAACCUAUCUCAGACUCUGUUGGUGUGUUCUUACAACAGCUGCAAGCAGAAGACAGAGGAAUUGAUCGGGUUGCCAUCUACUCAGCAGAUGGCACACGUGUUGCCUCUUCUACAGGCAUAGAUUUGCUUCUGCUGGAUGACUUCAAACUGAUCAUUAAUGAUGUCACAUACCACGUCAGGCCACCAAAGAGAGAGCUCUUAAGCCAUGAAAAUGCAACAACGCUGAAUGAUGUCAAGACAUUGGUUCAGCAGUUGUAUACUGCCUUGUGCAUCGAGGAGCACCAGCUGAACAAAGAGAAGGAGCUGAUAGGGAGACUAGAGGAAUUGAAGGAGCAACUAGCACCACUAGAAAAAGUAAGGAUGGAGCUCAGCAGGAAAGCAGAGAAGAGAACAACCUUGGUGUUGUGGGGAGGCCUGGCUUAUAUGGCCACUCAGUUUGGGAUUCUGGCCCGCCUCACCUGGUGGGAGUAUUCUUGGGACAUUAUGGAACCAGUCACCUAUUUCAUCACCUAUGGUAGUGCCAUGGCAAUGUAUGCUUAUUUCGUAAUGACUCGCCAGGAAUAUGUUUAUCCAGAUGCCAGAGACAGACAGUACUUGUUAUUUUUCCAUAAAGGAGCCAAAAAGACGCGAUUUGAUCUAGAGAAAUACAAUCAACUCAAGGAUGCAAUUGCUCAGAAUUGGACCUUAAGAGGCUUCGAGACCCACUGCAGGUUCACCUGCCCAUCCAGCAAAUUGAUGAAAAGGACUGAUCAGCAACGAAGCUCUGAACCCCGGCAAAAAACCUGUUCAUAGCUCUUGCCUUUUUAAUUAAAGCAUUGCAGGUGGAAGCUGGGAGGUUGUGUUGGGGUGGAGGGUUUUUACCUUUAAUCAAGACAAAGGACUGUAGGGGGGAAUCUCUUAAACCUGAAGAUGGGACAUUGUGGAAUGUUAGUUCUGAAAAGGGCUUGGCAAAUAGUCACAUUUAAAAACUGUCUGAAUGGCAAUUGUGUACAAAUACAGGAUUGGGGAGGGGGGGGUGUCAUGAAAAGAGUGUAAUGUUGGGGUGUACGGAUGUCUUCUUCCAGCUUUGCAGGGUCUGCCUCUUGAUAAAGACACCAGCAGCCUGCUUAGCUUUUUUAAUUUUCCUUUACCUGAUUCAGAUCUCUCUUUCUCUCUCUCUCUCUC